AUGGGAGAACAGCCCAUAUUCACCACACGGGCGCACGUCUUCCAGAUCGACCCCACCACCAAGAAGAACUGGGUGCCUGCGAGCAAGCAGGCCGUCACCGUGUCCUACUUCUACGAUGUCAUCAGGAACAGCUACCGGAUCAUCAGCGUGGAUGGAGCCAAGGUGAUCAUCAACAGCACAAUCACACCCAACAUGACCUUCACCAAAACGUCGCAGAAGUUUGGGCAGUGGGCCGACAGCAGAGCCAACACGGUGUUUGGUUUGGGGUUUUCGUCGGAGCUGCAGCUGACAAAGGCCUCCAGUGUCAACGGGACAGACGACGAAAAGGCAUCGCACGCGGGCCCCGUGGAAACCCACCUCAAGUCCGAGAACAACAAGCUGAAGAUCGCGCUGACGCAGAGUGCCGCCAACGUGAAGAAAUGGGAGAUCGAGCUGCAGACCCUGCGGGAGAGCAACGCGCGGCUGACCGCGGCGCUGCAGGAGUCCGCCACCAGCGUGGAGCAGUGGAAGCGGCAGUUCUCCAUCUGCCGGGACGAGAACGACCGGCUGCGGCACAAGAUUGACGAGCUGGAAGAGCAGUGCAGCGAAAUCAACAGAGAGAAGGAGAAGAACAUCCAGCUGAAGCGGAGGAUCGAGGAUCUGGAAUCCGAGCUCCGAGAGAAGGACUCGGAGUUGAAAGAUCUCCGGAAACAGAGCGAAAUCAUACCUCAGCUCAUGUCAGAGUGUGAAUACGUCUCUGAGAAGCUAGAGGCAGCCGAGAAAGACAAUCAGAACCUGGAGGACAAAGUGCGCUCCCUGAAGAUGGACAUUGAGGAGAGCAAGUACCGGCAGCGCCACCUAAAGGUGGAGCUGAAGAACUUCCUGGAGGUGCUGGACGGCAAGAUCGACGACCUGCACGACUUCCGCCGCGGCCUCUCCAAGCUGGGCACCGACAACUAG